AUGCCGACCCUUUUCCCAGAGGCUGUGGACCUGCCAGACGGGCCGCUUCUGGAGCGGCCAUCGGUCCUGCGCGCAGUCUUCGCCGCCGGCCAGGAGCAUGAGGACACCUUCUUCUCCGUGGUGUUCCUCGUGUGCGCCACCACGGUGCUGGCAUGCGGCGCCGCACUGGCCGGCUUCGCCUACAUCCGCAG